AUGCUAGAUCUAAGCAUAUUCGAGGCUAUUCAAACCUCAUUUUUAUCUGCGGUUCCCUCUGCUCAUCUUUUCUCUCUCCUCUCGAAUCUAUCCAACGGCAAAACAAUACUUCCCGUUCAAUUUUCCAUUCGUAGCACCAUAUUACAACUCGUCAAAGAGACAAGUGAAGCCGAUUCUUUCACCAAACAUGGAGUGUGGUGCGCUACUUUGAGCGGUAGUCAUGACACCCUUCAAACUCCACGCUGUCGUCAUCAGCCCCUUCAUUCUUGUCCUGGGAAUGUUGAUCAGAGUCUGCCAUAUUGUUACGCAGUCUUCCAACCCCAGAUAUUAUCACAGUCUCUCUCUUGCCCUAUAAGAUCUGUCUGCUCUCUUCCUGGUUCACGUAUUUCACUCGACCCCUGCCACCCCAUCUGUGCUACCGAAGGCGUUAUUCGCCAUCCCCUGCGUCUGGGUGACCAAUUCAAGGCUCAAGCCUCUGAGUAA